AUGCUCAAUAAAGAAAAUGUAGAUCCUAGUGAUCUAAUUGCUAAAAGAGGAGGAAAGGUGGAUAUUGAUCCGGGAGAGAUGGCUUGUGAAGAAGAGGAAGAAGAUCCGAUGAGUGCUCUAUUCUUAAUCUGGAACAGCAGGGAUGCAGCAAGCAAGGGUUUUGUGGCUGCACUAAAAGGUUUAAAAUCAUCAUAUAGGCUUGAUGUUGUGGCUAUCCUUGAGCCACGAGUAAGUGACGGAGUUCAAGUUGAGAAUGUGGUUAAGGAUGAGCAAUUUAUCCACUGUAAAGUUAGAGAGGGAGAGGAAGAAUGUGUGUUGACAACUGUUUAUGGCAGUCCUAAUGAGCAGAAAAGACAACAUUUAUGGGGGAAGUUGAAGAUGCUAGCUGACGAAAUAAAUGAACCUUGGAUGGUGGUAGGAGACUUUAGUGACAUCAAAUCUCCAUUGGAGCAAAAAGGGGGAGGUAGAGUGAAUGAGGCUAGGUGUAGAAGAUUUACAGAAUGGAUACAGGAAUGUGAGUUAAUUGAUAUUGAUGCUACUGGACCUUUCUUUACAUGGAAAGGGCCUAAGUGGGAAGGACUUGACAGAGUCUAUAAGAGGUUAGAUAGAUGCUUUACUAACUAUCAGUGGCAGUGCAAGUUUGUGAAUGCAGAAGUAAGAGUAGCACCGAGGAUAUGUUCUAAUCGUCACCCAAUCUAUGUGGACCUUGAUCUUGUUUUGUAUUCUAAUAGUAAGAGGAUUUUCCGAUUCGAAGCAACUUGGCAAUUGAAUGAGCAGUUUCAACCUUCACUAAAUUAA